GCCUAGGGAUCCUGAAGAAGCUGAUGUGUUAUUCUCUGCAUCGAAGGAUCAGGAAGUUUGUGCUCUCUGCGUGGCUGAGAAGUUUUUCACCUACUAGGACGGGGGUGGGGGGCGGGGGGACGGGUUUCCUUUUAAAAUAGAGCGCAAGCUGCAGCCUACGUCCGGCGGUAACCCAGGAGUAACGCCAGUUACAACGUUAAAGACAUUGUGGUAGUUGCUAUGGAGAAUAAAAAAACCCAAGAAGACAAUAUCUCUACCCUCAAGAAGUUUACAGUUGAGAGACAGCCAUACCAAAAGAAAGACUAUAAUAAAUACUUUAAAGGAAAAGCAGCUCAGAAUGACCACUUUAACUCACCGGGCCCGUCGCACUGAAGUAGGCAGGAACUCUGAAAAGAAGGUAGAAAGUGAGGGAGAUGCUAAUCAAGACAGGACUCCGGACAAUGAAGACUCUGGGGACUCUAAGGAUAUCCGCCUCACCCUCAUGGAAGAAGUGCUGCUCCUGGGACUGAAAGAUAAAGAGGGUUACACAUCUUUCUGGAAUGACUGCAUUUCAUCUGGCCUGCGAGGGGGCAUCCUCAUAGAGCUGGCCAUGCGGGGUCGGAUCUAUCUGGAACCCCCCACCAUGCGUAAGAAGCGACUACUAGACAGAAAGGUACUGCUGAAGUCAGACAGCCCAACAGGUGAUGUUUUGCUGGACGAAACUCUCAAACACAUCAAAGCCACUGAACCCACAGAAACUGUCCAGACAUGGAUAGAGCUACUCACCGGCGAGACCUGGAACCCAUUCAAAUUACAGUACCAGCUGAGAAACGUAAGAGAGCGAAUUGCAAAGAACCUCGUCGAGAAGGGUAUUCUAACCACUGAGAAGCAGAAUUUCCUCCUAUUUGACAUGACUACUCAUCCAGUGACCAAUACAACAGAGAAACAGCGACUAGUGAAGAAACUCCAAGAUAGUGUCCUAGAACGGUGGGUAAAUGACCCUCAGCGUAUGGACAAGCGAACACUAGCACUCCUGGUUCUAGCGCACUCCUCCGAUGUGCUAGAGAAUGUCUUCUCCUCUCUGACAGAUGACAGGUAUGAUGUGGCAAUGAAUCGAGCCAAGGACCUAGUAGAACUGGACCCCGAAGUGGAGGGGACAAAGCACAGUGCCACGGAGAUGAUCUGGGCUGUGCUGGCAGCCUUCAAUAAAUCCUAAAGCCAGCAGGUGGGUUUCUCCUUUUUCCCUGCUGGCUUGGUGACUGUCAGAGACACCAUCACUGAGUUUUGUGUGAUGAGAUGUUUUUCAUCAUUUUCCUUUCCUUCUCUUGAAUCAGACUUGUGAUUGGGGGAGAGCAACUCCAGGACUUCUCCAUAGACCCUGACCGUUAUAAGCAGACAUUUCUCCCUAUCCUUCCAUUCCAGAGGUGAAUAAACUGAAUGAACCCACACACACCCAAUAAACAUUUUCUCUCGUUUCUUGGUUUACUUCCAUCCAGUGUGCUUUUGGAUAAGCAAGAUUAUCUAAGUGGGAUUUGGAGCUCCCCAGGCACAGAAUGUGAAAGAGAUGUAGAGAGCAAAUCAUUGGUUACUUUUGAAAGUCUGUUUUCUAUCUUAUAUACAUGUUUUCCGUCUUUGUCUCUCAGACUCUGCCAAGUAUUGUAGCUUAUUGAAAUAACUAUCUCUGAAUAAGAGUCAAUGGAAACAAAACUAAUCUUUGGAGCAGGUGGUCUCUGGGAUUUUAUGUCCCACUAGUGAUUUUCUCACUUUCCUAUUCUAGCCUAAUGAGAAUAUUCCAAAGUUGAGUAUCUGGUUCUCACAGCCAUCGAACCAGAAGUGUAUUCUAUACUCUUUCUUAGCAUUAUUCUACUCCAUCAUUCAUUACGAUGGAAGUCUAUAUGAAAAAAAAUGUAUCUAUCUCUUAGCCACCUCCUUCACACAGUCAGCAUUACAGUUUGUAAGGGAAGGAGGUGGCAUCAGAAUUUCCACUUGUUGACAUGUGACCGUCCUGGUCCUCCAGACUGCUUGCUUUUUAAAUCCCUCUGCUCUGAUCGAAUUGAGAGGGUUGUAAAUUUCAGUUGCUGAGUUAGCAGCUCGCAGACUCCAUCUAGAUAGUGUAUCUAAACUCCAGAUCUUCUUGUUCCCUAUUUUUAGUUUCCUGCAUAAAUUGAUAGAUUCUGUCUAUAUUUAAGGGUUCUGGAAGUAGUUUUGUCUGUAUUUAACCCACAGAUACCCUCCUAGUCAUUAGUCUUGUUUCAACUCAACCAUUUUUCUAGCCAAAUCUCUAAAAUAGUAGUGCAAAGAUAAGCUUAUUAAGAAAAAUGCUAUUUGGAGGGUCAUUUUGUCAAAAGCGUGCUGAUAUAAAGUUCAGUAUUUGGGAACAGAGAGGAACAGGCACCAAGCUGUGCUAAUGUCAGGCGUUUAUUAUGCCGGUACUUGAAAUGGAUCCCGCCUCUUGACCGUUAGAGAGAAAUAGGCUGUCAAAGGGCUAAUGCAGGUGACCCAGAUCUGAUACUAAAUCUUCCUGAUCAGAAGUGAUUAAAUGAAUGAUUAUAACUUUCAUCCCCUCCGCAAACCAGUCUGGCCCCACAAAAUUCCCCAACUCGAUACACAUUUUUUUUUUCCAUUUUUCACAACAGGUAUCACUUAGGUAACUAGAGAUAGAAAUUUUAACGUGAAACAAAUUCUCAAUGUGCGGUUGAAUAGAGCUUGAGUCUGGCUCUCUAAAAAUACAAAAACCAGCCCAUGUAUUGUCUCUACCUGACUUAGUUUUUGUUUCCAUUUGAACAAUUAGGCGUGAAUUGAAACCUGGUUUUCCUGUGGAGGGUUUUAGCUUGGUCAGGGGUAUGGAAGGCGAGUUCUUUUUUGCAACUUUUGGUCGUGUUUUUACUGUAUCUCAGUAAGAUGAGGAUGUCCUCUGUUUGAAUCUGCGUAAUGUUCACUGCAAAGCACCUUCUGAUUUCAUGCACAUGACCUUCACAUUUCUGUGUAAUAAAGAUACUUGUUGGCUCUCUG